AUGCCAGAGUUGUUUGAGAGAGAUUCCAGUGGGGACCUGUAUUGCCCUAUGAUCAGGCCUUGGUAUUUUUUGGACUUUACAGGAAAGAGGAGGAGGAGGAGAUUAGAUGGAGGAGGUGGUGGUCAUACAGGAGGUGGAGGUGAGGGUGGAGGAGGUGGUGGUAGGGUUUUAAGGAGAGUCAGGGGUGGGCUUCCUUUGCGACUGGGACAGGGACCGGUUAUACAGGGACGACCAGUAGCAGCAACAGAAGAGAGGGGAGAGGGAGGAGGAGGGCGAGAUAUGGGUGAUGGUGGGGAUGUUGGUGGGGGAGAUGCAGGGAUGGGUAGUGGUGGGGGUGAUGUUAUCGACAUGGGUCAGGGAGCCAUUGGUGGAGACAGGGGAUAG